CAUAUUGUAUUACGGAAAAGGGCUUGUAUACAAAUUGUUGAUUCUCUGGGGUGACUUAUGGGAUGAAUGAUUACAUUUCAUUUAAUUGGUCAGAAAAGUUUUUCUUUUCUAUAAAUAAUGUACCUACGUUAAUCUAACUAUGCCAAUGAUGUACUGUAUAGUGACAGGCAGAGCAAUUUUAAAUGCUCAUCCACUAGAUGGCAGAAGGUACAGUUAACCUGUGUAUCCACCUGGUGUCGUAAGUGUGAACUGGAGUGGGCCGCUUGCCUCCGAGCCCGCAGUGUGGAAAAAAGAUGAUUAAAAACUUUUCACUUGUGGAGGCAGCAGUUUAUACCCUACACCAGCUUUUCCCAACCACGACUGAGCCAAGCCAAAACACCAAACACAAAAAAAUUUAGAUAUGCAGGUUAAUAUUGUACCUUCUGCCAGCUAGUGGAAGAUCAUUUUAUUCUGCUUGUCACUAUAUGUCACUGGCAUAGAUAGAUAAAUGAGAUGAAUAAAUGAAUGAGAGAUGAGAUUAUUUGUGAUAAAUAAAUCAUAAAAUAUUGACUAAUUACCGUAAUUUCUCGUGUGUAAUGCGCACCCCCAAAGUUGACCUCAAAAUUCUGGAAAACCCUUCUACCUAUGUAUAAUGCAUUUUUACAAUGCAUGAUUUUGCUUCUACCCAUAUGAUCAAAACGAAGUAUUUUUUCAAAGAAUUAUUCUGAAGUUAAACACUUUAUUUGAACAUCUAAUACUUUUUUAUUUACUUGCUCUUAUUUUGAAAUUCACAGCCUUACUUUUAUUUGGUAAAUGAGAAAACACACAGUUGUGCUAAUAUGUUUGAUCACCCAGGCAGAAUUUGUAAGAUGGGUACAAUUCUUUAAAGAAAACAUGAAGGGCUGGGCGAAACACAUUGAAUUUUAUUUUAAUGGGAUUCAAAUUAAACUGUCAAGCAUUUCAGAAAAGCAUUAUCAUUAAACAAAAAUAACAAAGAAAUGAACGUUGGUUGUUGUUCAGUCAUAUUUAAACAAUAUAUAUAUGUAUAUAUUUCUCAAAUUCUGCCAGGGUAUGUAAACUUAUGACCACAACUGUACAUAUAUGCAGUCAUACGUACCUCUGUCGUAUUGGAAUGAAAGCGUAAGCUCCACCUUUUUUAUAACCACUAGGUGGGGGUGACAUUGGAAUGAAAGUGUCCAGCUUUUUCAUAACCUCUAGUGCUGCAUACAUUUAUAAAAUGUAAAAACAUUUUCAUUUUCCCCUAUACCUAUGUGUAAUGCGCACUAUUGACUUUUGACAAUUUAUGGGGGGGAAAAACUUGCAUUAUACACGAGAAAUUACGGUAAGUGAAAUUGGAUCAUAUCCCACGAUGCACCUAAUGAUGUCUUCAAUGUGCUGUGACACAAUGGUUGGGAAUCACUGCACUUGGACACACGCACACACACACACACACACACACACACACAGACACACACAUCAUCAAACGUAGCCACCUUUUCACAAAUAGGCAGAUAAAAUAUUGACUUGGUUGUUUAAGUUCACACUUGAUGAGUGGGCAGUCCCAUCAGAGACCCAACUAUAAGUCAAUAUUCCAUAAUUUGUCCCCUUUAAUACACUUGGGAACAGUUUUAAAUGGAGAAACAGACAGCAUAAUAUGUAAUAUGUCUCCUUUAAGCUUUUUGUGGGACCCCGCUACGUCCCUCUGAAGUUGCAAUAAUUAUUUCUCGUGUAAAACUGUCAUUGAAGCUGCAGGUUUGUGGCGUGCUGUGUUGCAGAGGGCUAGAAAAGCACAAAAAGACAAUACACUCAAAUGUUCUACUUGACAACUGAGCUGACCAAUAUUUUUCCCGUUACUGCUCAAGCAUCACAUUAUAUUCUUGUGGUAAACCACGCUCAUCAUUGCACCAACAGAAACCAUCAAAAGUAUUUCUUAAGACAACUACUGGCCCGAUGUCUUAAAUUAGUCUCUGAUUGUAAUAUGUAAUUUGUAAUAUAAUCAUUGGCGAUGGGAUCCCAAACCACUGCUCCCUUGUUCCAAGAAGCUCCCCACAGGGGAGGUUACAAACAAGUCGGUUGCCAUGACAGCUGGUGUUGUUUUUCCAGGAAGUUGAGUAACAACUCUGUUGUGGGCUUGGAAGUUUUGGUACUUGUCACUGAGGAAGAAGACAGUGUUUCAGUGUCCACAUGUUUUCAUGCCACAUGUAUCUAAUAAGUGCAACAGUAUUACAUCAUUUUCUUUUUUAGUUUAAAAAAAGGGGAAGUGAAGCAGACUUUUAGUAUUUAGACUUGUGCAUAUUUGGGAAUUUUGAUCAGGAAAGUUUGUCUCUUAACUAUCCUGUUACAUUUGUUUCUCACGAUCAGCUAAAAUGUUCCUGUCUAAAUCUACCCAAUUGAAAAGUAACAAAAAAAAUAACAAAUCCAAAUAGACAGUUUAUAUGUCAUGAGUAUUGAGUAUGAGUGUGAGUAUUUAGUGCAUUUCCUUGUUUUUCAUUUAGAAAUGCAUGUUUCAACACCUUUUCAUGUAAUACAAAUAUAAAAUAAAAAAAAAUAAAAAAAUGCAAUUUAAUUGAAUCACUUUUUUUUUCUCAACAAACAUGCCAGCUUUUGGUUUCCUGAAAAGUGGUGGUUUUGGAGAUGCGAGGAUUCUGCCUCCCACCAGCAGUAUGUUGAUUACACUUAUUAAGCCUAGCAGAAAUUUCAUACGGAAAGAAAAACACCAACACUUCAAAUGGGUCAAUUUGAACCAGAACAUAACAGAAGGGGCAACAGAGGCAGAACUGGAGUGGUGGUGGCUGCCUAUAUGCAUUACAGCAAUAUAUCCGCCAGUGCUGAUCAGGCUCUGGACAGGUUUGCCAUGAAGCGCUUCUAUGAAGACAAAGUGCUUCCUGUGGGUCAACCCUCUCAGAGAAGGUAUGUGGAGUACUUCAGCGGUUUGCUCAGCGGACACAUCAAGAUCAACAACAAACCCUUAUUUCUUCACCAUGUCAUCAUGCACGGCAUCCCCAACUUUGAGUCCAAAGGAGGAUGCCGUCCUUUCCUCAAAAUAUACCAGGCCAUGCAGCCCGUCUACACAUCUGGGAUCUAUAAUGUUCAAGGGGACAGUCAGACUAGUAUCUGUAUCACCAUUGAACCUGGGCUACUUCUGAAAGGAGACAUCCUGCUCAAGUGCUACCACAAGCGUUAUCUGGGUCCGUGCCGUGAUGUGAUUUUCCGGGUACAGUUCCACACGUGCGCUGUUCACGACCUGGGAAUCGUCUUUGGGAAAGACGAGCUCGAUGAGACAUUCAAAGAUGAGAGGUUUCCUGAAUAUGGCAAAGUCGAGUUUAUCUUUUCCUUUGGCCCAGAAAAAAUGUAUGGUCAAGGUAUGGAUCACCUGGAGAACGGGCCGAGCGUCUCUGUGGACUACAACACACAAGAUCCGCUGAUUCGCUGGGACUCUUACGAGAACUUCAAUCAGAAUAAUGAGGACACUACAGAAGAAGUCAUCCAUACCCAAGGACCUUUGGAUGGGAGUCUCUACGCUAAAGUGCGCAAAAAAGAGUCUGUUGAUGGGACUGUCACAGCCAAUGGGCUCCCACCCACUGCUAUUGAACACGCCCUGCCUGCGGUCGACCACGCCUUAUCAGUGAGCAGCGACUCAGGAAACUCGACGGCGUCAAUUAAAACGGACAGAACAGAUGAAGUAGCAGCAGUCCAUUCGACCGUGAACCUGCCAAGUGUUCCCACCGUUGAGGAGGUACCUAAAGUCCAUCACCACGACCAGCAACCCAUCAGCCUGCAGGAGAAACAGGAGCUGGAGCAGCUCCUGGGUGGACUGGAGGGGCACAUGCAUCGUCAAGGCUACCAUGGCUCCCCGACCUCUGCUGUUGAAGGGAUACUCCACCGGGUGCCCGCUCAAGUCCAUGUGAAUGGUCACCGCAACAUUGACCGGGAAACUGACAUUUUAGAUGACGAAUUACCGAGCAGUCAAAAGGCCAAUAGUGUGGACAGUCUGGGGACGUUCUCCUCAACCGAUGGCCGAGCAACGCCGGCGGAUCUCUACUACCAGUCGGAAUCCAUCAUUAAUGGCCAGGACCAUGUGCCGUAUCUGGAGCGCAGUGUUGCAGAAAGCCCAGUGGAAACAGUGCAAUCGCAAAUUUGCAUAACAGACCGGCCAGUUACACUGACUCGGAAUGAUUCAGUCCCAGCCUCAAAUUAUGUGCCAACUCAGAAUCUGUACCGCUCACAGUCAUUUAGUAUAGAUACACAGUCUAUGCCGCCAGCUCCCACCCGGACAACCAGUAGCAGGGAUGCCGUCCAACGUGGUCUCAAUAUUUGGCAUCGGUUCGGUGUGCCUGAAGAGCCUGUAACUGUGGGACUCACUUUCGGGACACCGCCCUCUGCGAUAACAAUGCAGGCUCACCAGAACCUUCCACAGUUCCCUCAUCACCACAGUGCUUCACAGGAAGACAUUGAGAAAUCUAUAGAGACGCUCAAUCUCCUCAUGUUGGAUCUGGAGCCGAGCCGUUCUUUAAUACCAAAGUCGCAAAGUGCUCCUCUGAGGGAAACCAGUGUUGUCACCACACAGCCAUCCUUCUCUCAGAGCCAAGGCAGAGCUAUCUACGAGGUGGACAUGCCUCCGAUGUACAGUCAGGUUAGCCAUCAGUCACCCGUGAAACCAAGCACACCGGAGCCUGCCCCUGUGUUUGGAUUGAAAACCACCGCAACCGGUCCUUCUUCACCAGCUUCUGCAACUGGUCAGAUCCAGCUCAAGGAAAUUAACACCUUCCAACCAAGCUCAUUGUCCCAGUCCAAUGAAGUCUUUGAGCCCCACAAAAUCCACAGUGGUGGAUCAACAUCACCCACUUCAAGGGAUUGUGAACCCGACGAAGUCUUCAACGUUGAAGGACUGGUGGCUCAAAGAGUUGCAGAAUACUCAGCACGCACCCAAAGGGUCACCUCCAGCAUUUCCUCUUCUUCUCAGUCUGAACACAGACCCUCUCACUCGCUUUUGGGUGUCCAUACCCGUGCAAUGUCUCUGGAUGAGCCAGCAGUUCUGGCCCGGCGUAGGAUCACGAGUGACGCUCCAGAAGAUGCUUCCUCCCCCGAAGUCCCAGUUCGUUCCCCUGUUCGUUGUGUUUCUCCAGAGUUCGUCAACGCCAUCGCCAUGAACCCCGGCGGACGACCCAAAGAGAGACACAUGCACAGUUACCGGGAAGCCUUUGAGGAGAUCGAGGGUGGGCCCACCAGCCUGACCCCCUCAGUUGGUGGUGAGGUGCUUCCCCAAACCCCUGCCUUCCCUACCUCGCCACAAACCCCUUACUUCAACCUGUGUCGCUCACCUCCGGGUCUUGCCAAGACUCCACUGUCAGCUCUCGGGUUAAAACCCCACAACCCAGCGGACCUCCUUCUCAAUCAAACUGGUUCAGAGGAUGAGCCCAUUCAGGACGAGGAAGCACCCAGAAGUUAUGUGGAGUCCGUUGCAAGGUCAGCUGUUACAGGCGGAGAGCAACCCACAGUACCCCAAAGCGUUAUUCCUCAAGGAAACACUAGAGAGCAACAGAGAAGUCCAAGUCCCGUUUCCCAUGCCCUGGACUUCCCAUUGUCCAGUAGUAGCCCCAUCCAGAGCUCACUGGGCGAUCCGGCCUUGAGCAUUCCGUCCCAACCCACUACUGAUUCCAGUUUGCACACUCAGGCAGCAGUGAGCGCAUACUCCACUCCAACGCCCUCAUACCAAGCAUCCACUUCUCCCAAUUCCUCUCAUCUCGAUUCAAUUUCUGCAACAUCCUCCUACCUCGGCAUCACGACUCCAAUACUCUCCAGUCUUGACCCCAACACCCAAACAAGGAGCUAUAUAGCCUCAGAUUCUGGCCAACCUGCCUGCACUGAACCCUCCAAGACUGAACACAGCCCUGGAAGUCCCCAGUUGCAGCACCGGACAUGUAUCCUAACCUCUACUGACAGUCCUGUGUUUGAGAAGCACCCAAUUGCUUUUCGGGAAGGUUCCAUUAUGGGUCAGAAAGUAUCACCAGUUAAUGGCUUUGAGACAGGUAUACUGGGGUUCAGUGACAGUCCCAUCCUUGGACGCAAUCAGCCUCAGGCAAGUCAGAGUAGCCAAGUACUCUUCCGCCAGGCCUCUAUUGGGCAACAGGCUCAUCAAAGUCCGAUCCUCAGCAGACAGCCGUCCCUGGGACAACCUAUUCCAAGCAGUCCAGUGCUCAGCAGACAUCCAUCUAUUUCCCAAUCCCAUGGAAGUCCAGUAUUGGGCCGUCACCCAUCAGUGUCGCAGGUGUCUCAAAGGAGCCCGAGUUUAGACGGACACCCUACGCACAGCGGCUAUACCACGCCAGAUGAGCGGCAUGGAAACCUGUCCAGACAGAGCAGUUCCUCAGGCUACCAAGGACCACCUACACCCUCCUUCCCUGUUUCCCCUGCAGUUUACCAGGAUGCAGGAAUGAUGGGGAUGGGAGUUGGGUUCCGACAGGGGAGUGCAACGCCUGGUUUUCAACCUCAGCUUCCAGAAAAGAGGCGCAUGUCGAGUGGCGACAGACCAAACGGAUCACUGUCAUAUAGCUCAUUGAAUGGAAAGAUCAUGUCACCAAUGAGUGGAGGAAGCAAUCCCAGCUACUUCCACACCCUUUCAGACUUCUCACGCUUCAAUAUGCCUGAUGGAGGUCCUGAGAGCAGGCUGAAUGUAAAGUUUGUCCAAGAUACUUCAAAGUUCUGGUACAAGCCUGACAUAUCCAGAGAGCAAGCAAUUAAUGUGCUGAGAGAAAGAGAACCUGGAGCCUUUGUUAUCCGGGAUAGCCACUCAUUCAAGGGGGCUUAUGGCUUGGCUAUGAAGGUAGCCUCGCCUCCACCUUCAGUACAUCAAAACAAGAAAGGUGACAUCACCAAUGAGCUGGUGAGGCAUUUCCUGAUUGAGAGCAGCCCUAAAGGAGUGAAACUGAAGGGUUGUCCCAAUGAGCCAUACUUUGGCUGUCUGUCUGCUUUGGUCUACCAACAUGCCAUCACGCCACUGGCGCUGCCCUGCAAACUGCUCAUCCCUACCACAGAUCUUCUUGAGGAAGAGCCAGAAGUUGUGAAAACAAAUCCGCUGGCUGAUCGACUGAAACAAGGAGCAGCCGACGUCCUUGUUAUCCCAGUGCAGAGGGUCCCAGCCGAGUCCCAUGCAUGCAACGUGCUCUACAUUAACUCUGUGGAUAUGGAGUCACUGACGGGCCCCCAGGCCAUUGCGAAGGCCAUAUCUGAGACACUGGCCGCCGCUGCUUCUCCAUCUACUGCCACCGUUGUGCACUUCAAAGUGUCUUCGCAAGGCAUCACACUGACUGACAACCAGAGGAAGCUUUUCUUCCGGCGCCACUAUCCUUGCAACACUGUCACAUUCUGUGAUAUUGACCCUCAGGACAGAAAGUGGAACAAGCCAGAGGGGGGUACAGCCAUGUUGUUUGGUUUCGUGGCACGCAAACAGGGAAGCACAACGGACAACGUGAGCCACCUCUUCGCUGAGAUGGACCCCGAGCAGCCGGCCAGCGCGAUUGUCAACUUUGUCACCAGGAUGGUUACUUUGCAAAAGCGAUGAGCACGUUCAAGCAAACCCUGGCACUUUUUCCCCCUCCCCCCCAAAUGCCUUUGGUGACUUUUCCCCUCCUUUGAAUGACGGACACUCCCUUUCUCUGUGGAUACUUAGUGUUGUUUCUUGGCGUGUAAGCGCAUUUUUGUGGCUGUGCGUGUGUGCGUGCUUCUUGCUUGUGCCUUUCUUUUGGGACGGACUCCAGAGUGAACCUGAGGAAGUGCAGAAAGGGGGCGUAGCUGGGCAGGACAAUGGGAUGGGAGGCACUUUGGGUCUCCCUGGAAGGGAAACGUUUGGACGGCGUGAGUGCAAAAUGUUCAUAUGUAGUUUGUUUAGAACAAAAACCCAGCCAUAACAUGGGGGGAAUGUAAUUGUGGCCACUGUACUGUAGAUAGAGUAAACCCCCAUCAGUGUCAGGGUGAAAAAGCAUGAGUAACCUACACCAAAAAAAAAAUCAAACAUUAAAGAUACCACAAAUUAUGACAUUUAAUAUAAUUUUAAACCCACUGUACAACAUUACACUUAAAGGUCCCGUAUUUUGGCUAUUUAGACCUCCAUAGAGUGACUCUCUAACAUGGACUUAGUAUAAAAGUGCCAAUUUCAUUUUUAAAAAAUUAUCUUGGUUUUGUCAUACGAGUGUCCAGAAAAGGCUCUUCUGACAGCUACUUCUGUUUGACCCAGUUUUGUAUCCGCUUUGUCCAUGUUUGGCUAAGACCACCCUCUUUCCUCUGAUUGGUUGCCUCUGCGUAAAAGACCCACUUGUGAGAGCACACGUUUGUUAUGUUGACAGCGCUAGAGCGGAGAGGUAGGCAGAGACCUUCGCUAGUGACAUAGAUAAGCUUGACAAAUUCAAAUGACCUGAUUUCAGGCCUCUUGGCAGAAAAACAUCUGGAACUCAGGAAUGUGUGAACAAUUUUAAUUCAUAUUUCACAUUUACUGAGGGACUAUAGAGACAAUAUUACACCCCAAAUAUUAGAAAAUGUUGGUCUGGCAAAAUAUAUCCCCUUUAAACAUAUAGGGCUAUAGUAUAGAAGAUUUGAUUUCGGAAGAAAUGCACCGGAAGUGCGUGUACAUCUACAUACCCUGAAGACUCUCCGUAACAACCCAGGCUAAACUUUGCUCCUCCCUAACAUUCAGCCGUUUCAGAAAGAGCACAAAAAAUGGAAAUUCACCAAUGUCCCCUCAAAGAUUUUUCAGCGAAUAGCUGGCAAAAGGUGAAUUCUUAUAUUGCCAAUAGCGAAUAUGUAGAGAAUUACUGUAUAGUGUGCACACAAAUUGGUAAUUUGGGGACAUGAAAAAGACAUAACAUGCACAUUACAAAUUUGUGGCCACGCAGUUGCUAUGUAGAGGCCGAGCUCAAAACAAUAUACAGGGAUAGAUAUCUUUGUUGUCAUUGUACAGGUACAAUGUAAUUUUGGCAGAGUAAGCCUGCAGAUCUGUUUAUAAAUAGCAAAAUGCACAAAAUACAUAGUAUGAACAGUAAACAGUACUCUUUUGUGGCCACAAUUAUUUUCCCUCUCAUGUCAUUCCUGGGGUUCUAUAGUUUUGUGUAUUCGCAAGAAGAAAAAAGUCAAGUUGUGUGACCUUGGUGGAUUGUAAAUCUUAACUUUUUGAGGUCAACCAAAGAGUUUUUGUAAAAAAAAAAAACAACAACAAAAAAACAAGCAAACAAACAAAAAAGUAGUCAGGGCUUGCACAGCGGGUCAAGUUGGGAAGUGUUCUUUUGUAAAAACAAAUAUGGCUGCUGGAUUGUUACAUUCUGUAUGUACUGAUGAUACUGUAGGUCAAUGACGCACCAUUGACUGCUCGCGAAAACAAUGUUACAGGGGUGUUUUUUUGUUUUUGCUUUUUACAGCCUACUAUGUGCUGUGUGUAAAUACUUGGACUGUUGUUAGAAGACAUACAGUAUGGUGCCUGACUUUCUUUUAUAAAACAGCUUUUUUUUAUUAAAAAAUAAAACCAAAACAAAAAAACAAAUUAAAAAAACAGAUCAUUCAGCUAGGCUUUCUUAAUUAUCCCUAAACGAAUGUGCAAAAUUCUGAUUACACACGUUGUGACCUGUUUAAUAUAGUAAUACAGCUCAAGGCACAUCAGUACUGCCCAUAGAACUGAAAACUCAAAAUCACACAAAAAUGCAAUUCAUUCCUCACCAUCUAUUAUUUUCACAAUACACAAGGGUAAAAAAGUGUUUUCUAUGUGUGUAAGUGGCUUUAUAGAAAAGCACUGUGCCAUUACACUGUUCUUUAUUUUAUCUUUUAUUUUGUUUAAAAUCUGUCUAUAGUGCUGCACCAGCUGGUCAAACUAUACAUUCACACCUUACGCAAAACUAAGCUAUAUAUAGAUACAUACAGAUAUAAAUAUAUAAAGAAAACUUCCAGUGAAGAUAUUUAUUUUUGCUUUGUUGCGUGAUGCUCUCUUGUAUACAUGUAUUAUGUAAAAAGGUAUGCAAAAAGAACACAGAAACAAGAACAGAAUGCUUUUUAAAAAAAAAUAUAGUUAAUUCAAAUAUUAUAGGGUUUAAAGUGAGUGUAUCACUGAUUUAUUUUCAUAGUAUAGUAAAACUGUUUUUUCCGCCAUGUUUUGUGUGAGUCCAAAAUUUGAAUUAUUGUAAAGAAAAGCCAACAUAAUCCAUUGUCCAACUCGAGCGCUUAGUCGGAAUUAUGUUUCCACUUUAUAGAAAUAAGGAGAAUAUUACCAUCAAAACAGUUUGGUCUAGUGAUUCCCAACCUCGUUGCCACGGCACAUUAGUGUGAAAUGUCAUUUCAUUGGUCUGAAAAUUAUUUGUUUUAUUUACUACCAAUAAUGUAUCUAUGUUCUACGCCAGUGACGUAUAGUGACAGGCAGAAGAAUGAAAUGCUCUUCCCCGAGAUGACAGAAGGUAAAAGUAACCUGUGAAUACACCUGUUGCCAUUCAUACAACAGAGUAAUAGGUUUGUAUUCAAUUUAACGGGCUCACAUUUCACCAUUAAUCAGUAAAUUUGCGAUUAUUUCAGCAUAUAUACUUUUGGUGACAUUUUGGUUCAUUUGGUGGCGUGCCAUGAGAUUUUUUUUCUCAUGUCAUAAUGUGCCUUGGCUCAAUAAAGGUUGGGAAACA